AUACCUUUUCUUCUUGUUUUAUCAUGAGUAAUAGUUCGAAUUCUUUUAGAGUAUAUAAAGUCUCAGCAAAAGAUGGAGCAGGUCAUGACUUGCAACUUCAUUACACAAAACAUAAAGUAGCAGGCAACGGUUCAUUUGGUGUUGUCUAUCAAGCCAAGUUGUUACAGACAGGUGAAGAUGUGGCUAUUAAAAAAGUGCUUCAAGAUAAACAAUACAAGAAUCGUGAAUUACACAUUAUGAAAAGUGUGACACAUCCUAACAUUGUCACCUUGAAAGCCUUUUUCUAUUCUCAAGGUGAUGGCAAGAAAGAAGAGCUCUAUUUGAAUCUUGUAUUGGAAUAUGUGCCUGAGACACUCUAUAGGGCUACACGACAUUAUGCUAAAUCCAAACAAUCUAUGCCCUCACUGUAUGUCAAGUUGUAUACAUACCAAAUCUUACGUUCAUUGGCUUAUAUUCAUUCCAUGGGUAUCUGUCACCGUGAUAUUAAACCUCAAAAUUUGCUUUUGGAUCCAACUACAGGCAUUGUGAAGCUAUGUGAUUUUGGAAGUGCCAAAAUGUUAAUGCCAGAUGAACCCAAUGUGUCUUAUAUCUGUUCUCGUUAUUAUCGUGCUCCUGAACUUAUCUUUGGAGCACAAAACUAUACUGUCUCAAUUGACGUUUGGUCCACAGGCUGUGUGAUGGCAGAAUUGAUGCUUAAUCAGCCUUUGUUUCCUGGUGAAAGUGGUGUUGAUCAACUGGUAGAAAUCAUCAAAGUGUUGGGUACACCUACCAAAAAGCAACUCUUGAGCAUGAAUCCUCAUUAUACAGAACAUCGUUUUCCUCAAAUCAAACCACAUCCAUUAUCAAAAGUACUUAAGAAAUCAGACAUGGCUGCUGUUGAUUUCCUGUCUGAAUUAUUACAGUACACACCAGAUACACGCUUAUCCUGUAUGGAUGCCAUGGCUCAUCCUUAUUUUGAUGAACUGCGUAAACCAACCACAAAGAUGUUGAACAAUAAGGAAUUACCACCUUUGUUUAACUUUUCAGAACAUGAACUGUCUAUUCGACCUGAUCUUGUACCCAAACUACUCCCAUCCCAUAGUCAUGUUUAGAGAUGUUUGUAUUUUCUUUCUGUCUCAAAAAUAAGUGCUCUCCAUAAUUUCAUGACAAAUACAAGAGCAUCUUCAUCCAAAGCCUAUAACAAACAUCAAUAUACAAACAUACAAUGUGUUUACUUACGCCUUCUAAUUCAGACACAAGUUCAUUG